UGAAGAACAGGAAGUAAACAAGCAGCGUGUGUCGUUCAGGCCGCGUGCAGCCGCAGAAACAAACAGACGCUUCAACAACAAACUGAUCAACAGCAUCAAAUCUACACCUCCUCCAUCACUUCCUCCUCUGUCAUCUCCAUCACCUCCUCCUUCUGUCAUGAGUCCUCCUGCAGAUUGUGUCUCCCCUCAGAAGAAGAAGAGGAGGAGGUCAGAGAUGGAGGAGUGUCCCACACCUGUGGACAUCGAAACACCUGAGAAAGCAGAAAAGAAGAAGAAGAAGAUGAGAGAGAAAGAGGAUGACAGUCUUCACCCUCUUGCUCCUCCUGCUGCUGAUGUGAGCAGCCCAAAGGAGGAGAAGAGGAAAAAGAAGAAGAGAAUGGAGAGGCAGGAGGAGGAGGUGAAGGAGGAGGUGCAGGACGCCGCAGAAACCAACACAGCAGAAAAGAAGAAGAAGAAGAAAAAGAAACACAAGGAAGGGCAGGGUGAGGAGAGCAUCGCCAUGGUAACAACAGACCAUAACCACAGACAGACAGACAACAUUGCCACGAAGAAAAAGAAGACGAAAGAAGAGAGUGUGGAGCAAGUGAUGUCACAGGAAGGAGAGAAGAAGAAGAAGAAGAGAGGGGAGAAAGUGAUGUCACAGGAAGGAGAGACUGUAGGAGAGGAGGAGAGAGGGAAGGAGAGGAGAGGAGCAAAAGAGAAGAUGGGAGAGACGAAGAAGAGGACGACAGGAGGAGGAAGAGAAGGAGUGAAGAAGAAAAGAAGAGGAGCUGAAGGAGAGGAGCAAGUGGACUGGGCAUCGUUAAAGGAGCUUCAGGAGUUUGUUCCAGGCGUGGAGAAGAAAUCAGCUGAUGAGAUCAAAAAACUGCUGAGAUACGACCUGCAGCGCUUCAAGUACUUGAAACAACAAGGUGUUUCUUUGCGUCGGGGGCGGUGCUCUCAGGAAGAGAAUCAGCGAAUCAGAGAGAACGUGGCAGACUUCCUGGCUCUGACAGGCAUCAGCUCGGCCAAUCAGCUUCUGUUUCCUCAGAGGUACAAAGACCAGGAGGUAGAGAUUAAGAAGCUGAGAGCACGACAUCACUUCCUGGAGAGAAUCGGUACGAUUCCUCGCACGUGCCAUCAAGUUCACACAAGAGCCAAAAAGAUUUUUGACGACAGGAACCACAUGGGAAGGUACUCAGAGGAGGAGGUGCGUUCUCUGAUGAAGUUACAGAAUCUCCACGGCAACGACUGGAGGAAGAUCUCUGAGAAGAUGGAUCGUAGCGUGUACUCUUUACAGAAACGCUUCGUCAGCCUCGCUGCAGGUCGCGGUUCGUGGAGUCCAGACGAGGAGUCCAGGUUGAAGCAGGCUCUGAAGGCCCACCUGGAGGUUCUGGUACAGCAAAGCUCUACUGGUCCUGGUCUGAGCAGAGACCAGCUGUGUAACAACCUGCCCUGGAAGGAGAUCAGUCAGCAGGUUGGGACCAGGUCCUGGAGCCAGUGUCGACUCAAGUGGUCAGUUCUCCUCUUGAAGUCCAAACUGUCUUCAGGUGUCAGCACCUUCAACAGAGGACCUGAAGGACUUCAGGCUAAAAUCCACCUCAUCAACACGCUGUACAACAUGCAGGUGAACGACAUGGCUGACAUCGACUGGGACGAGGUCGCUCACACCAUCGGUAACGUGACUCCGUUGUGUGUACAGAAAAGUUUCCACAGACUGAAAGUUUCCAGAGUUCCCAAUUGGACCAGUUUAUCCUACGGAGAGAUCGUGGACUUCCUGCAGCUGAGGGUGGUUCCCGACCUGAAGGAGAAGCUGAGGAGGCUCAGCAGGGAGGAGGAGCAGGAGGAGGCGCACAGCGACACCAGCUACCUGCUGUCUGACAUCAUCGGCUCGCAAGAUGGAGAGGACGACUUCAUAGAGGUGGACAACAGUCAGCUGACCUCUGGCCAAUCAGGACGAAGACGCCUGUAGAGAACAGCAGGCCCCGCCCUUCUCCGAUGUGAUUGGCUGGCUUCCUUUCAGAGUGUGGAUGUGCACCGCUAUCACGCCUGUGAUAUGAGGUAGCAGAGUCUAACAGUUAAGAGAGCCGACAGAUCUGCUGUGGUGAAAGUGGCGUUGAUGUCACCAUGAUCACAUGACCCACACAGACACGUCGGACAGCGAGGUGAUGUCAUUUGGACUGAUGUUAAAUCAGAUU